AUGUUGAUUCUGUGCAAAUAUUAUAAUUUUAGGCUUUUAUAAAUAAUGUAAAAGGAAUAUUAAUCCAAAACACUAUUUUAAGAAUAUUUAAUUCCCCAUCAAAAUUUAAUAUUAAAAUCCUUAAAAGUCAGGCAGAGAGAGAGACUCACUUAAGGUUAUAUAUAAAAUUCUCUUCUUGCAACAUAAUAAGAAAUAUUAUAUCUGCUUUAUAUGAUGUAAAAUUACUCUUUUCUAUUGUUUUUUCAUGAAUCCUAAAUUUCAUUUGAAAUUUGCCUUGCUUUUUUUGGUCGGCUAAUUAAUAAAUCGAUCAGGAUUGAUUAGAUUUUUGAAGAAGAGAUAAAUUUUUUAGAUUAACUUCUAUUUUAACACUUCUGGCUUUUAGACUAUGAAUAUUCUUCUUCUUAAUCAGUGCUACCUGCUUUAGCUCUUGGUUAAUCUGCAAUAAAUUUAACUUUAAUUGCUUGUAGUUCUUUAAAUAAUGCAUUUAUAAUUAAAUCAAAUAACAAAUUUAUUAAUAAUUCAACACAAAUUUUAAUAAGCAAUUAUAUUUUAUUUUUGUAGAUUAUAUAAAAAUUAAAUAACUCUAGGCAAAAUAGACAGUAUUUUAAAGAAGAUAUCUUCAAAGAGAUACUCUAUAUAUAUAAUUAUUUUAUCUGA